AUGUCGGCGUUGAGGCGCUCGGGCUACGGCCCCAGUGACGGUCCUUCGUAUGGCCGCUUCUACGGGCCCGGGGGUGGAGAUGUGCCCAUGCACCCACCUCCGCCCUUGUAUACUCCUCGCCCUGAACCUCCUCAGCCUCCCAUUUCCUGGCGGGUGCGCGGGGGCGGCCCUGCUGAGACCACCUGGCCGGGAGAAGGCGGAGGAGGCGAUGGCUACUAUCCCUCUGCAGGCGCCUGGUCAGAAACGGGUCGAGCUGGAGGAAACCACCAGGACCAGCCACCAUAUUCUAGCUACAAUUCUAACUAUUGGAAUUCUCCUGCACGACCUAGGGCUCCAUACCCAAGUACAUAUCCCGUAAGACCGGAAAUGCAAGGCCAGAGUUUGAAUUCUUAUACAAAUGGAGUAUAUGGCUCACCAUACCCCACCGGUCCUGCAACAAAUACUGCCUCAUACUCUGGGGCAUAUUACACACCGGGAUAUACUCAGACCAGUUACUCCCCAGAGAUUCCAAGCACUUAUCGUUCACCCGGCAACAGCCCAGCCCCAGUCUCUCGUUGGCUGUAUCCUCAGCAGGACUGCCAGACUGAAGCAGCCCCUCUUAGGGGGCAGGUUCCAGGAUAUCCUGCUUCACAGAACCCUGGAAUGACCCUGCCUCAUUAUCCUUACGGGGAUGGUAAUCGUAGUGUUCCACAACCAGGACCAACUGUACGACCCCAAGAGGACUCAUGGGCUUCUCCUGGUGCUUAUGGAAUGGGAACCCGUUACCCCUGGCCUUCAGCUGCCCCCUCAGCACCACCUGGGAAUCUCUACAUGAGUGAGAGUACUUCACCAUGGCCUAGUAGCAGCUCUCCUCAGUCACCUCCUUCACCACCACCCCAUCAGCCCAAGGAUGCCUCAUACCCCUAUAGCCAAUCAGAUCAAGGCAUGAACCGGCACAACUUUCCUUGCAAUGUCCAUCAGUACGAGUCCUCGGGAACAAUGAACAAUGAUAAUUCAGAUCUUUUGGAUUCUCAAGUCCAAUAUAGUGCUGAGCCUCAGCUGUAUGGUAAUGCCACCAACGAACACCCCAGCAAUCAAGAUCAAAGUGAUAAUCUUCCUGAAGAGUGUUUAUCUUCAGAUGAAGGUACUUCCCCAAGUAUUAAAAAAAUUAUACAUGUGCUGGAGAAGGUCCAGUAUCUUGAGCAAGAAGUAGAAGAGUUCGUAGGGAAAAAGACAGACAAAGCAUACUGGCUUCUGGAAGAAAUGCUAACCAAGGAACUUUUGGAACUGGAUUCAGUUGAAACUGGGGGCCAGGACUCUGUCCGGCAGGCCAGGAAAGAGGCUGUUUGUAAAAUCCAGGCCAUCCUGGAAAAACUGGAAAAAAAAGGAUUAUGAAGGAUUUAGAACAAAGGGGAAGCCUGUUACUAACUUGACCAAAGAACUCUUGAUUUUGGUUAAUUAACCCUCUUUUUGAAAUGCUUGUUGGUGACAAGAAGCAAUACAUUCCAACUUUCCUUUGAUUAAAACUUGAAAAACUGGUAAAGGACUUGAAAGAACAUUUUAGUUAUGAGUUGUUUUCAGUUUUCAGACCAAUGAAUGUAAUAGGAAACUGUGGAGUUACCGUUAUUGCCAAGUAGACUCACUCCUUAAGAAAUUUGUGGAUAUCUACAAGCUGCUUCUUAUCAGCAGGAGGGAAACACACUUUAUGUAACAGGCUUAUCAAAAAUCUACCAGAUGAGACUGGAUAUAAUCUGAGGCAAACAGGCUCUGCUUUUUUAACCAUAUGGAUUACUUGUCACAUUUUUGUACAUUGUGACUGCUUUCAACGUACACUUCAUAUGUAAAUUACAGCUUGGACUUUAGCCUUCUUGGACCUCUGUUUUGUUUUGUUAUUUGCAGUUCACAAAUAUAGUAUUAUUCUUUA